AUGUCAACUGGUUAUUCGACUACCGGCAAGGACCAUUCCGACAUGUCCACGAUCCGAUAUACACUUGCCGAUACGAAGGAGGAACAUACCUAUUCGCUCUUUGACUCUGGAUAUGAUGACGGCAAACAAUUUUCUGUCACUUAUGAAACCACUGGACCUCUUGAGGUAUUGAAGACCCCUGACAACUCGGCUCUGAAAUAUACUUCGGAGAACAUUGGCCUUGUACACAACGACUUCCAUUCCCACAUCGAUAUCGGACACCACUAA